AUGGCAGACACACUGAGGAGGCUGGUGAACACCUCAUCCUACAGCGCUCUGCAGGACAAGCUGGAGUCCUGGUACAAGGACUACCAUGUGAUCUCCUGUGACCAGAACCUGAACCGCUGCUGUGAGCUGGUGGAGCUCACCUCUAAGAUCCAGGGCCAGCUAUUCACCAUCCUCAGCCUCACUGCCAGAGAGGGCGGUCCCUACGCAGGAGUCGAUACCCUCAAGUCUCGCCUUCUUCCCUGGCUGGGCAACUGCUUUACCAUGGCAACCUCUGCAAUCACCAUGGACACCAGCCUGAACCUCAUCCAGGAAUCCAUGGAGAAGGAGAAGAAGAUCCGAGAGCUCUCUCUCUCCCACGAGUCCAACAUGCAGAAGAUGGAGACAGAGCUGAGCUCCACGAGACUGCACCUGGACUCAGUCAAACAAGAGUUGGCUAACGCACAGCUGGAACUGGACGACACCAAAGCCAAGUCAGCCACCACCCUGCUGGCCACGGAGGACGAGAUUCUGCAGCUCAGAGCAGAGCUGCGUGCUGCGUGUGAUCAGGCUGAGCUGUAUAAGAGGAAGCUGGAGCUGCUGGAGGACUAUGAGAGGCAGGUGCGCCUGCUGAGGGAGGAGGUGUCGUACCUGACGGCGGAGAAGGCCCUGCUGCAGGACAGGCUGGUGCGGAGCCGGUCCCCGAGCCCCCUGCUGCGACGCAGCCGCUCCUCCAGCCCUGCCCUGCGUGGCGAAUCACCCACCCGCGCCCAGCUCACCAGCUCCUCCCGCCACGCCCGCCUGGUGUCCCGUUUCAGCGACCUGUAUGCCAUGGAGCGGCUGGAGGCCGAGGCCCUGCUGCGUCGCUACGUCGACGACACCGAGACCGCGCAGAGGAUCAUCUUCAUCUCCAUCAUGGAGUCCUUCCAGGCAGCCAAGCUGGCCUUUCGGCAGUUUAAACUGCGCGUGAGGAAGACUCUGUCCCCGUCCCACGUGGGGCCUGAGACCCUGGAGGACGCCGUGAUCGACUACAUCGUCAGAAACCUGGAUCUGUAUGAUGUGCAGGCCAGCGUCAACGAGGUGAUAAACUCCAUGAAUGUAAACCCCAAGAUCUCCUUCCCGGCGGAGGUGGAUUUCGUUCUGCUCAGCAGCUUCAUCAGGGAGGCGUGCCGAGUGGCCUUUGCCAUGCAGACGCUGGACCCGCCCCUUGACCUGGCCUUCAGCAGCGACGGAGAGCUGUACAGUGACAGCAAGUACCGGCGCAGUUAUGACUCAGAGUUCACUGCCCCGCUGGUGGCCUACCACGUGUGGCCAGCGCUGAUGGAGGGGGACACUGUCCUCGUGAAGGGGGAGGCCGUCACCAGGAGGGGCGCUCUGUGGAGGAGCAGAAGCAGGAGCAGCAGCCCUGUGCGCUCUCGAUCUGGCAGCCCCUCCCGCACUCUAGGCUCCAGCCGUAGUCGCAGUCCGUCUCCAGGACGCCUAUCAGCCAGCCGGCUGUAA